UCCCCGCAGCUCUGAGGCUCUGGGUGGGCAGCCCGGCGAAGGUGCUCUCGGCCCCCGGGCCGACGAGCCCGAAUCCAGGCGGGGAGCCUCGGGCUCGGAUCCCCAGCCACUGGUUCUCAGCCGUGUGGCCUUGGCGAGUCACUUGUCCUCUUUUACGGUUCUUGAUCUUUCACAAUGGGUGAACCACAACAAGUGAGUGCACUUCCACCACCCCCGAUGCAGUACAUCAAGGAAUAUACAGAUGAAAAUAUUCAGGAGGGCUUAGCUCCCAAGCCACCUCCUCCAAUUAAAGACAGUUAUAUGAUGUUUGGCAACCAGUUCCAGUGUGAUGACCUUAUCAUCCGCCCUUUGGAAAGUCAGGGCAUUGAACGCCUUCAUCCUAUGCAGUUUGAUCACAAGAAGGAACUGAGAAAACUCAAUAUGUCUAUCCUUAUUAAUUUCUUGGACCUUUUAGAUAUCUUGAUAAGGAGCCCUGGGAGUAUAAAACGGGAAGAGAAGCUAGAAGAUCUUAAACUGCUAUUUGUACAUGUGCAUCAUCUUAUAAAUGAAUAUCGACCCCACCAAGCAAGAGAGACCUUGAGAGUCAUGAUGGAGGUCCAGAAACGUCAACGGCUUGAAACAGCUGAGAGGUUUCAGAAGCACCUGGAACGAGUAAUUGAGAUGAUUCAAAAUUGUUUGGCUUCCUUGCCUGAUGAUUUACCUCAUUCUGAAGCAGGAAUGAGAGUAAAAACUGAGCCAAUGGAUGCUGAUGAUAGCAAUAAUUGUACUGGACAGAAUGAACAACAGAGAGAAAAUUCAGUUCAUAGAAGGGACCAGAUUAUAGAGAAAGAUGCUGCUUUGUGUGUUCUAAUUGACGAAAUGAAUGAAAGACCAUGAAGGGUAUUUUUCUUCUUUUUUUAUUUUGUUAAAUAGCAUCAUAUAUUCCUCUCUUUUGGACAGUCUUAAAACAGGUAUAACUAAAAUAUAAAGGAAUUUGUUUUUCUUGACUCCAGUUUUUCAAUGAUGAGAUGCCAUAGGCAGAAUUUCACUGUGUAACAAGCGUAGGUGAAUGAGUACACCUGUAUUAAAAAUAAUCACCUUAAAAUGCAAAGUGUUUGCUGUUGUGUGGGAUAUUCUGAUUUUUGGAGUUGCAGUAAAAUUUUGAAGAUAUUCUUAAUACUAGCAAGCUGUCAUCCUUGAAAAACAAUUUUAUCAUAUGCUUGAAUAAUGAAAGUACAAAGUGUUUAGACUUAAUCUCCAAAAAGCAUGUUGAGAAAGGAACCCAGUAGAAUUAAAAAACAGAACUUUUUCUCAUACCUUUUCCUGUAGACUCACUAUCUCAGCUUCUUCUCCCUAACCUGCAUGGAAUGUUGAGGUGGGGAUUUUAUAAGUUGUGUUAUUUUUCCAAUUAUUUAAUCAGUAAGUCCUUUCUUUUCUUUUCUAUUUUUUUGGUACUGGGGAUUGAACCCAGGGACUCUUAACCAUUGAGCCACAUCCCCAGCCCUUUUUAUGUUUUAUUUUGAGACAGAGUCUUGCUAAAUUGCUGAGGCUGGCAUUGAACUUAAAAUCCUCCUGCCUUCGGCCUCCUGAGCUUCUGGAAUUACAGGCAUGUGCCAUUGUGGCCAGCCCUUUCUUAUUUUAGUUGCAUGCAUUCAUUUUAGUAAUUAAUAUGUCUAUGUAGUUAAGUACCCAUUUCCUUUAAAUCUGAGCUCAGGCUUGCUUAAGGCUGGAAGCCUGCAAUGGAAAAAGGGUUUGCUGGCAGAGACUGCUAGAUAUCUGUCAAAAAUGUUUACUUAUUUUUGAGAUUACUUAGAUAUGGCUGCCCAGCAAGGGACCACAUUUACCCAUUCAGGGCCAUGCAUCUAUGUGGAGACUAUGUAAUUAAGUUCUGGACAGUAGGAAUCCAGGUGAGUCCUGUUAAAAUUUCUUGUGUGGUCCUCCUUUUCCUACCAUCUGCUAUUUAGAUGGGCAUACUCAAGAUAACUAGACUGGAAGCCAUUUGAAGAUGGCAAAGAUUGUCAGUUUGGACUUUGUAUGAUUGUGAGAUCUAGUUUUUCCUUUCAUUAACUCCCACAUCUUUCCCACCUAAUUCAAUUUUUUUGUGAGCAAGAAAUAAAUUUGUUUUAAGAUUUUA